AUGUACUUCUCUUCCGCAAUUGCAGUCGGCCUGGCGCCAUUGCUUGCGAGUGCCUAUCUCAGCGGGUCUGUGGGGCCUACAACCUCCGUCUCUGCGAAAUCCAACACCAAGAUUUGCAACGUCUUGGAUUAUGGUGCUAAGGCCGACAAAUCGACUGAUGUCGGUGCGGCUAUCAGCUCUGCCUGGGAUGACUGCAAGGACGGCGGUGUCGUCUACAUUCCUUCCGGUGACUACGCCUUUGAGACUUGGGUGAAGCUGUCAGGUGGCAGCAGCUGUGCUAUCCAGUUGGAUGGUAUUCUUUACCGAACCGGUACCGAUGGCGGAAACAUGAUCAUGGUCGAGCACACCAAGGACUUUGAGAUGUUCAGUUCCACCUCCAAGGGUGCAGUGCAAGGAUAUGGUUAUGAAUACCACAAGGAGGGAUCUAGCAGCGGAGCUCGGAUUCUGAGACUGUACGAUGUGACUGAUUUCUCGGUUCACGAUCUUGCUCUUGUGGAUGCGCCCGUUUUCCAUUUCUCCCUGGAUACCUGUGAGAAUGGUGAGGUGUACAACCUUGCUAUCCGUGGUGGUGAUAAGGGUGGUUUGGACGGUAUUGAUGUUUGGUCCACUAACAUUUGGAUUCACGAUGUCGAGGUCACCAACAAGGACGAAUGUGUUACUGUCAAGAGUCCCGCCAAGAACAUUCUAGUCGAAAACAUCUACUGCAACUGGAGUGGUGGCUGUGCCAUGGGCUCCCUUGGCUCCGAUGUUGAUGUUAGCGACAUCACCUACCGCAACAUCUACACCUGGAAUUCGAACCAGAUGUACAUGAUCAAGAGCAACGGAGGCAGCGGCAAUGUCGAGAAUGUCCUUCUCGAGAACUUCAUUGGCCACGGCAACGCUUACUCCCUCGAUAUCGAUGGUGCCUGGAGCAGCAUGAGCGAAGUCUCCGGCAACGGCGUCCAGCUCACCAACGUGACCGCCAAAAACUGGAAGGGAACCGAGGCAAACGGCGCCCAGCGCGGUCCCAUCAAGGUGAAGUGCGCCAGCGGCGCGCCUUGCACCGAUAUGACCAUUGAAGAUUUCGCCAUGUGGACCGAGUCCGGCUCUUACCAAUGGUACACCUGCGAGAGCGCCUACGGCUCUGGCGCAUGUCUUAAGGAUGGUGAUGACUACACUUCCUACACCACCACUCAGACCGUCAAGUCUGCGCCUUCCGGAUACUCUGCUGCUACCAUGGCUUCUGACCUGGCCACUGCCUUCGGUACUGCGUCGGAAAUUCCCAUUCCUACCAUCCCGACUUCGUUCUACCCUGGCGCUACUCCUGCUUCCGCGCUUGCUGGAGCGCAGGCUACGUCAUCUUAG